UUUCUGUUGACAACUUUAGCAAUCCAGCUAAAAAAUUAUUUCUGGUUCUAGGCGAAAAGUUGAUUCUGUUAACUUUUUAUAGAAAGUGAAAUUUCCGUCAGUAUGUCGGAUGGAAAUGAAAACAACUCUUAUGGGGGAUGUGAGGGACCCAAUGCCAUGUAUGUUAAGCUGAUUUCAUCUGAUGGACAUGAAUUUAUUGUCAAGAGAGAACAUGCUCUGACAUCUGGAACCAUUAAGGCUAUGUUGUCUGGACCAGGGCAGUUUGCUGAAAAUGAAACCAAUGAAGUCAACUUUCGUGAAAUUCCAUCUCAUGUCUUGCAGAAGGUAUGCAUGUAUUUUACAUACAAGGUGCGCUACACAAAUAGUUCAACGGAAAUUCCUGAAUUCCCUAUUGCCCCUGAAAUUGCUCUUGAGCUGCUUAUGGCUGCAAAUUUUCUGGAUUGUUAAAACAUUCAAGGUUAUUGAACAAUCUCCAUGAAUUUAAUUUCUCACUUUAUUAAAUGUGGUUGUCUUAUGCUGAUGAAAAUACAUUAUCAGCACCAGCUGGUUAAAUAAAAGUAAA